UUAAAAAGAAGGCCAGCAUCUUGAACAAAGAAAUUCAAGUUCCUUUUUUAUUUUGAGUUGGUGAUGCCUAAAACUAUAAUAAAAAAAAACAAGAAUACCACGCCAGAAGGCCCUCCUCCUCCUUACGAUGGUGCAGAAAGCCUUUCUUCCUCUGCAAGUGCCACCGUCUACUUCAAACCAAUUCGCAGCAAACUGUGCAUCGCCUACACUACUACACCGACAAAAACUGGCAAGUUCCAACUGCCCGGGGAAGAAUGUAAUGAAGUUGGACAUAUAGCGUUUCCUCGGCAUGUCCACAAAUGCCGUCGGUGCCAGACGAGCAUUGCAGACAUAUUUGAGGAGAAAAAAAAAUGUCCAAAAAACGCCACGUUUGUGAUACUGCCUGUCAGGCUCAGCAGUCCCUGGCAUUAUAUCGAUCCGACCCCACUCGUCAUGUCCACAGAACUCUCCACUCAUCCCCCUCCCCCGCCAGACCCCGUCGAGGUACCCUCUCCUUACAGGGCAUACCGCGUGACCCCACCACCGCGUUCCGAAAUCCUCGACAAGUAUGGCAGUGAUGCUGAUGGUGGUACCAUAGCAUCUCGUCUAAGAUCUCUAGAGAAGGAUGUCUCCGAGAUGAAGAGCACCAUGGACGAACUGAAAAGCACUAUAAUAAGCGAACUGAAGAUCAUUACAACCGAGAUCUGUAAAAAAAAUGAUCGCGCCUGAGGCCAAAAAUGGAGGAUUUCAGGAGAUGUGAACCCCUUCCUGUGAGAUUAUCCUUUGUUUGUGUCAACUUUAUGAGUAGUCUCGAUAGCUGCAAAAAAAUGUCAAUCAAAGGGUUUAAUCUUGACCAAAAGUUAGUUUUCCGAAUGCGCC